CCACGUCUCCAUCCAGCCAGCCUAGUUUCCUGUCGCACUGUGUGAACAUGUGCUCUCUGGGUUUCGCCAGAUCUUUGGGUUUUGCUCUCUUACCUCUUGCCACCUGUUGUAUUGUGGCUAAUGUCCUGCUCUUCUUUCCUGACGCUCAGGUCACCUACAUUCAGGAGAAUAAUGUCACCACAUAUGUCUGGUACUUUAUGGGGAUCGGAGGAGGUGGUCUGGCUAUACUGAUUGCUGCCUUUGUAUUUCUGGGAAUGGGCAAAUGUGCGGACGCCUGUGGGACAGAGAGCUGUGCGAUGUGUGGAUCAGUGCUAGCAGCUCUGGUGGGAAUGGCCGGCUCUGGAUACUGCUUCCUCAUCUCUGCCUUCGCCCUACUGAAGGGACCUUAUUGCUUAACCGAGAUGGGAUGGAUGUCUCCUUUCGAGAAUGAUGGGGCAAAGUAUCUGUUCGCCCGUGAGGAAUGGUCUGAAUGCAUUCAGCCCAAACACAUUGUGGAGUGGAACGUGACGUUGCUGGCCAUCCUCUUGGGUCUCAGUACAUUUGAGUUCAUCAUAUGUGUCCUGCAGUUCAUCAGUGGACUGGUGAAUGCCGUCUGCCGGCCGUGCUGUUAUAAACAGGAAUACAACCUGAAUGUUUGAAGAUCUAUCAGAGGUGAAGCAUACAAAUUCAUGAUUCAUGAACGGCUUUCUACUAAAUGUUUCUGGAGAUUGAGUCUGUAUUAGCAGUGCACACUUUCUGUAUAGAACAAAGAUUUCUAUAUUGUUCACAUGUUGUUAAGCAUAAAUGUAUUUUUGUAUGAGUUUGUAAGUUUUGUAAGUUAUUUUGUAAUUAUUGAGAGUGAUAGAAAUAUAUGCUUAAACAAUGUUUUAUAUGCAGUAUCUAUAUUGUAAGUUGCUGUAUGUUUUAAUAAUCAUUUUAAGGAGUAAAUGUCUCAUUUA